AUGACGGCGGAACAGUGUACUAUUUCGGAAUUACUGCGUGAAGCUGAUUUGCUGUGUUAUGAACAUUCUAUGCGAACAGUUCUGAGGUUGCGUAAUGCAGCCGAUAUGAGUUUUGUGGAUGAGAAAGACCUGAACAAAAUUGGUAUGAGCAGACCGGAACAGAAACGUAAUUUGAAGAAAAAAGAACAACAUUCAUCGAGUUAUCAAGAACAGCAUGUGAUACCUCUAGAAAAUAUUACGUUAUCCAAACAGUUGGGGAAAGGCGAAUUCGGAUCUGUUUAUCAAGCCGCUUGGAAUAAUUCAAGUAACAUUGAACAAAUACAGGUAGCAGUAAAAUGUAUUUCGCCUGAAAAAUUAUUUGCCACUCCACUUAAUUUUUUACAAGAAGUCGCAGUGUUGCACAAAAUGCGUCAUGAAUGUGUUGUUAGACUUUAUGGCGUAGUACUGGAUACGAAAGCAGUCAUGCUGGUAUCUGAAUUGGCACCUUGUGGAUCAUUACUGGAGUGUCUUCAAAAACCCUCUCUACGUGGCACAUUCUUUGUGGAUACAUUUUGUAAAUUUUCGAUACAGAUCGCACAGGGUAUGAAAUAUCUGUCCGAUGAAAGACUUAUUCAUCGCGAUCUUGCAGCACGCAAUGUUCUUGUUUUUUCUGUUGAAAGAGUAAAAAUUUCGGAUUUUGGAUUAAGCCGUUCGUUGGGCAUGGGUGAAGAUUAUUAUCGAAGCGAGUUUUCAGAAGCAGUAAAACUACCGAUCGCAUGGUGUGCUCCUGAAGCCAUCAAUUUCCUGAAGUUUACUUCUGCCAGUGACGUUUGGUCAUAUGGAGUGACAUUAUUUGAAAUAUUUUCUUUCGGUCAAAUGCCUUGGGCUGGUUUUACCGGUGCGCAGAUAUUAGCAGCAAUAGACUAUCCAAAUCUACAAAGACUGGAAUGUCCAGACGCAUGCCCGACUGAAUUUUAUGACCUCAUGAUGCAGUGCUGGGCCCACAAGCCGGAAGAGCGUCCUUCUUUUACAGACAUUGUACGACAGCUUCCAGAAAUCAUGCCUCAGUGUUUGGUUACUGUGGCAUCUUGUUGUGAUGGAAUCAUUGACCAUCUUCAGUAUUCAAAAAAUGAAACCAUAAUUGUCCUUGAUAAGUGUCCUCCGACAUAUCCAGAUGGCUAUUUUUGGCGUGGAUACAUGCGAAAUGGUCGGACAGGUUUAUUUAGACCCGAAGAAACUGUUGCAAAGCUUGCCAUUGAAUUGCCGAACAGCAAGUGCGAUCAAUAUUUGUCAUCAGUUUCCUUUUUAGCACAUUCAAAAAUAUUUUCUCAUGAAAAAGUGCAAAACAAAAAUAGCCGCAAGAAGUUGUUAAUAAGUGAGCCUCAAGGUGAUGUCCACCACACUUGCCAUGUUGGAGUUGAUGGAACGGCCUUUGGAUUAUUACAGUUCGGUAAAAACGACAUAUCAUUAAAAUCCUCUACGGCAACUCAUUGA